AUGGGGUUUAAACAGUCAGUGGCAGAUAAUUCCGUGUUUACCAAAGGCAAGGAAUCAUCUUUUGUGGCACUACUAGUUUAUGUUGAUGACAUAGUAGUAACAAGUGCUGAUCCAGUUCUAAUUCAGCAUAUCAAGACUCAGCUCAAUAACACCUUCCAGAUAAAAGAUCUAGGAACUUUGAAAUAUUUCCUAGGCUUGGAGGUAGCAAGGCAGAAGAAGGGAAUUGCAGUAUCACAAAGGAAAUAUGCUCUUGAGUUUCUUACUGUCCCUUCCCACAAACUAAGUAAGGAUGAAGGUGAUUUCCUUGAUGAUAAUGUCCAGUACAGAAGACUGGUUGGGAAAUUAUUGUAUCUUGCUAUUACAAGGCCUGACAUUAGCUUUGCCACACAACAGUUGUCUCAAUUUCUGGAUAAACCUACACACCUACACCUACAAGCAGCUCACGGGGUGUUAAGAUAUAUCAAAAGUGCUCCAGGACAGGGACUGUUCUUUCCAGCAUCUUCUGAUCUAAGCCUGAAGGCUUUUUCUGAUGCAGACUGGGGUGCUUGCAUUGAUUCCAGAAAGUCUGUAACAGGGUUCUGCAUCUUCUUGGGGAAGGCCUUGAUCUCAUGGAAAUCCAAGAAGCAAGCCACUGUUUCUAAGUCCUCCUCAUAA